AUGACACAAUUCCCACUCCUGCCUACUCAGGAAUGGUGCAUAAGGUUUCCCUUCAUCUUCGCUUCUGGCGAGCUUGUCCCAGAGCGUCUCCACCUCACCUGGGAGGACUUUUCCAGUGCAAGGGUCCACAACCCUGGUCAAAUUAGCGUGGAGAUCUUCAUGUUCAGGGAGCGACUUCUCAAUGCAUGUCUGAUCGUCCCCAAGUCCAGGGGAAUUUCUUUGUUCACCACCUGUAAUGUCAUCCUGAUCACUCUCAUCUAUUCCACCAAAGUGAGUGUCACUGAGGGUUUCAUUGCAGCUAAGAGAGUCGCUGUUUUCAGACUGAGAAGCAUCCUGGGAUGGCUUGGGGCUGGAAUUUCUAAGACAAAAAAGAGGGAUCCCAAAAAUGUCGCAGAUCCCCUUGUGCCUCCACCCCAAUCGCAGGUGUGCCAUAGUAAUAGGAGCAAUGCUGCUGUCAAGGCUUGGGAGACUCGACGCGCGAAGCAAGCUGCCGCUAAGGAGGCAAGUUCCAACCCUGAUGCUGCACAGCCAACUGCUGCAGAGAGUACUGUACACCUGGUUUCAACCAGGGAAGUGGUGUCACCUGAAACACAGACAGCCCUGACACAAGAUAAUCCCAGCCAGUGGAAGACUGCUUGGGCUCAAUAUCAUGCUCUCCUCGCAACCAUCCAUGACCGCUAUAAGGGCACUGUAGCUGCCCCAGGCCCUGCAGCCUCAAAGGUAUCCUCUGGCGAAAAUGCCGCCCCAUCCACACAACUCAAUUGGAUGCCACCCUAUUUGGGCACAAGUGGCCAUAAGUUGUAUAGGCACAAGUCACAGAGCACCCUGCCACUGGCAGUAUGCUUAUCACCAGUCAAGCUUGCCCAUGACAUUAAGUCAUGGAGGUCUAAACUCAAGAAACACCUUGUGAAUGUAGUUCCUUCCUUCUAUGGAGUGGGACCUGGUGUAGAUGGGAGUACUGUCCAAGAGAUUCCCCAAUCUGGUGCAUUGGAGCACCCGGCUAUCAUGGCAGUUCUAGACUAUACCUUUGCAUUGAAGGAGCUCAAGCUGAAUUUCCCUAUGGCAUGCGCUGAGUUGGAAGCCAAACUGCAAAACCUAGGUCUUCCGGUAUUCGGUUAUGUGCUAACAAUGAUCAAAUAUAUUCUAAACCAGUAUAAGUCAGGAAGUCUUGCAGACCCCCAGCAGGAGGUCAGUUCCUCUGAGUAUUCUGAGGAGUGGGCAAAGAUUUUGAGGUCCCUCAAUGAGUGGCGAAUGAAACCAAAUCGCGUCAAUGAUUGGAAUCGGAUCUCCAAUGAAUAUGACAAGAGAGCACUUGCAAAGCUCAGAUUUACCAACAUGGAGAGUACUUUUGUCAUUUUGGACACCGAUUAG